AUGGGGCAACCGGAGCCCGCGCCUGCAUGCGGUGCGCUCCAAGGGCGUGAAGAAUGCCCGUCAGGGAGCGCCACAGCUCCCGGACCACAAGCGUGCUUGCGCCGAUCGCCGCGGCUCCAGAUCCAGCGCGCAAGUGCCGCCUCAGGCCCCGGACAGCCUCGUCAAGCUGUCCCGCAGCAGCAGCGCCUCCCUCCGCGGGCGCAGCCAGCACGGGCGCCAGGAGCACCGCGAGCUGGAACUGGAGCGGCUGAUCUUCAUCAGCGGGAGGCGAAUACUACGCCGCAAACGCGCCGCCACCAGCGGCCACCCCCGCAACAGGCGGAACCGGUGGCAAGCGAAGACGCGCUCCAGGGGCGGGCGCCGACGCAGCGGGUGCAGAGGCCGUUGGGAUGUGAACCUGAGGAGGGGGUGCGGCGACAGGCGGCGGACUCAAGGGGAGCACAGGCUGGCGUGGAGCCUCAAGGGCCGGCGAGGCGCGCAUCGAACUGCUCUGGCUCUGCGACGCCCUCUCCUCGCGUACCGCCCUCGACACCUCCCGCUGAAGAUCUGCCAUCGUCACCGGCGGGCGGUACCCCCCACCACCACCGCGCCCGCGGGAACCCCUCCAGUCCCCCUGACCACCGGGGUGAGCAGGCCAGUGAGGCUGCUGCUGGUAACGCCGUGGAGAAUCACGGCGGCGACGAGACGACCGGCGAUCCUGGUGUGGCGCAGGGGAAUGAGGACGAGACGGGCGGCGGUCAGGUGACUGGGGUCGUGACGGCUGGCCUGCCAGGGCCAUCGGUGCCACAGCAGGCGCGGACUGACCCGCCGCUGAGGGCGCAACCAAGGGAGCCGGGCCGCCAGUGGUGGCGAACACCGCCAGCAGCGACUGCGCAACGGCGGGGAUCGCCGCAGGGAGUACAACAGCGGCAGGUAGCGCAGCAGGAACGCCGGGGGGAGACUGCGCAACGACGGGAGCAGACGACGCAGGUGGCGCAGGAUCGGGACCAGGGGCAGGAACAGACGGUUCUACAGCAGCGGGAGGGGGUGCAGGAGGAGCAGCCAGACCGGACGGAACAGCAACAGGGGCAGACGGGCCGGACUCGGGAGCGGCAAGGGGAGCCGCGGGUGCGAGGGGAAGAAUCGUUUCAGAGACUGCUGACACGGGCUUCGGAGCCUGCGGUAGAGGGGGCUUAG